UUGGGUGUUGAGGAAGGUGUUUGUUGAGUGUUGAUCACAAGUACGGAGGUCGCGGAAUGCUGUUUAUUUAUUGUUAUUAAUUUAUAAUUAGUGCGUCUAACAAACAAUACAACAUCAAGAUGGCGCCAAUGCGCGGCGAGCGGGGCGGUUCUCCAGCACGAGGUGCACGCGCAUCUCUACCGCUUCCGCGCCGUUUGAUUCGCCAGAUCGCGCGGCAUGUAGCCUCCAGUGGCCGUUCGUUACGACGCCUAGAAGUGUCGGGCAGGGUCAUUGACAAUUUCGAUGACAUUGAGGAUGCAUCCGACGAAUCUGAUAUGGAACAACCACAACCUGCGGUGGCUUGCGGAGGCAACGCCGGCAACCUGCCGCCCGCUGACCACGACGACGACCUCACCAGUUUGAGCUGGCUGCAAGACAGGAAUUUACUUAGAGGAAUCAAUCUUACAAAAAACGGAGUCGAUAUAGAGGACACGAAAAUGGUCGAUAACCAAAUUAUUGUGAAGAGAGAGAUAAAAACACCGCCGCCAGUGGCCCGAGUCCCUUCACCGCCUCGGACCCCUUGCAAGGCGCCCCCCUCACCUCCAGCUAACACGCAUACAAAGCCCCCCUAUUCCUUCUCCUGUCUCAUCUUCAUGGCUAUCGAAGCGGCUCCCGCGCGAGCCCUACCAGUGAAAGAAAUUUACGCGUGGAUCGUACGUCACUUCCCCUACUUCAGACAUGCACCACAAGGCUGGAAAAACAGCGUCAGGCAUAAUCUAUCGCUAAAUAAGUGCUUCCAUAAGGUGGCAGCUGCUCCUGGUCUCGGUAAAGGUUCGCUUUGGACGGUAGAUCCACAGCACCGCGCCUCAUUAUUACAGAAAGUGUCUCCGCAGGCGUUUGGUAGGCAACCAAUACCAGCCGUCGGCGAUGUGGUAGAGAACCCCGAGCCAGCACAAGAGAAUGGUACUCGAGUGUCACUACUAGCGCGUCGCCUGGCCGACCCCGAGCCCGGCGCAGACGAAUACCUCGCGGCCGCCACUGUACUCGCCAUGAAAUACGGACCCGCUGUUCUCGACCAGUUGCCGCCGGCAGCGCACUUGGUGAUCUCCCGGUGCGCGCGCGACGAGCACUCGUACAGCGGCGGUGAGGAGAGACGUACGGCCGAGGCACUCCUCAACCUCGCCGGCGUGCGCUCCGAGCCCGCACCUAGCUAGCUCGCCUCCUCGCGACAAGCUAGCUCGCCACCUCGCGCCCUGCUAGCUCGCCCAGCCGGCCGCUAAGUUAGCUCGCCAGCUAGCUUCGCCACCAGCUCCGCAGCCCCGCUGUCCCCGGUUCGUAUCCACGCUCCACUGACAGUUACACCCCACUGCGGAUCACAGCUUCCCUUGUGUACUCUCACGCUCUUCUCAUAGUCAGAUCCAAACUUUGCGCCUGUGGUGUCAGUAAUGGGUACUCAAUAGUGUAAAUCAAGUAGACACGAGUCACUAAAAUAAGUAUAUGAAAAUGUAAUGGUUGCGCAAAAACAUGUGAUGCGCAAAAUUGGUUUCUCCUUUGCGCAAAAGAUUCUUUGCUUGUCUAACUAAAAUUACCUGGAAACUACAGCAACCGCAAAUUCGGUGACCGUGUUACUGUAAUAACGGUCUAUUUUGAACUUUGAAUAUCCAUUACUGUUAGUAACAUUUCAAAUAUUUCGGGUGUUCUAGACGAACCACGCUACCAAUUUUACCCUUUUUAAUUUCAAGUAAUAACUUUUUACAAUAUAUAGAAGGUAAAGUUAUUUUGCGACAAAGUGCAGCGCUUCUAAUUAUGUUUUUAUUUUAUAUUAUUCAUGAGUAUCGAAUACUUUAAUUGUGCAAUUUACUGUGCUUAUUUUGAGGGCACUAUCGUAAUUUGUUGGAUAAUAAUUCUAAAAUUAUAAUAAGUUAAUGUAUCAAUAUUGUAUUAAAAUUAAAUUGAAAAAUGUAAUUUCUCGGGGCAAAGCCCCACAAAGUUCAGUGGUUUCUAUUGACAUAUUAUUAUUAAUUCGUAGAACGAAGCAUUUGUUAAAAAUAAAACGUUUUGACAGUAUCUGAUUCUGUUGUCGCAAAUGAUAAUUAAAAUAGACAAGAAAGUUUACCAUUCUCUAGUCCAAUAAAGACAAUUCAUAUUAGCAAAUCUCGAUGAGAUACACAAAUGUCUUUACUAUGUUUAAAUUAUAUUCAAUAGAUAUCGUGCUUAGGUAAAAUGGCUCACUUGCUGUAUAGUUAGUACCUAUGUUCUCAUUCAAUAUAUUUUCCAAGUGUAACGCAUCACAUUUAUCAUAGGACAGGUGUUGCGAACCAUGUCGCAUGUCGCUAGAAUAAUAACAAUUACAUAAUAGUAGAUACUUAACAGUGAUAGAUGUGAUACUACUGAUACUAUUUACUAUGAAAUAUUUUAUUUAAAAGAAAUGGAAAAUAGUUGAAUAGUAACUCCCUAUAUGCAUUUAGGUUUUCCCCAUUUACUAAUAGUCAAUCAAUCGUAAUAUAUUGUAAGAAUUAAUUAUUCUAUACAUAUAAUUUUAAAGUAAUAUAGCGUUCCCGUAUUUCCGUCGAUCAAUUUUGAUUGUUUGCCGAAUGUUGCCAGAGUAAUGUAUGAGUUUACGUUUUAUAAAAGUUGCUAUUGUGCAUAAUUAAGGCGGAAGUGUGGCGCAUGAUAGGUUUUAAGUUAUAAUUACUGUUUGUUAUGUCAUUAUGUAUUGUGUUACUGCACGUUCAGGCAGGACACAGUCUCCGGUAAGUAUAUUUAUUUACAAAUUCCCAAUAAGUGAGCAAUAUAAAAAUGUAUAAUUCUAUAUAACACACCUUGUGAUCUGAACAUACAAAUAUUGUAUACAGGGCGAUCAAAAUGUAUUUUAAUAUAUUAAAAUUGUGUUACUCUCGAAGUGAUAGCACAUGUAUAUAUUUACAUGAUAGCAGAUACUUGCAUUAGCCAUAAGCAAGCCGUAUUUUGUGUUCAUAUAAAUGGGAACUACUUCAUACAAUCGCCUACAGUGUUAACACGAAACUUAUUUAUCAUAUUGAUAAGGACUUAUAAACUUUGUAUCUGUGCGUGAUUAGAUGAAAAGUGUACUCAAAUAAUUUUACCGGUAUAUUUACUAGCUAGUAGACAGUUCCCGUUGUCUCGCAGUUAAGACUUAGCGUGUAAUGGCAAUCGCCUCAGAUAUAUAGAGAAAUUUUAUUCAUUAUAGUAAUGUGUAACUAUUAAUUUUCGAUAUAUUGUAUAGAUGCUUCCUCUCUAGAGACUUAAUGAAUCACUACCGUAAAUAAAUCUCUAAUAAAUACCUACAAGACGAUGCAAUACAACUAGAUACAAGUCAAUCUGAAUCAUCCCCGCCCUCGAUCGAUGACAACAGUAGAGCAGAAACGUGUUCACAAUUUUAGAACAGUUUUCAAUGUAAUAAGAAUGUCAUAAAGUUAUGGAUGGCGAAUGCGUGCUGCUAUUUACAUAGCCAAAACUAUAUCCAUUAUAUCUUGUAUUGGUGUGGCUAAAUUGCUAAUGUAUAAACUAUUGGUUAAGUAGUAUAUACUUGGUACAGGCCGUUUUCUCUCAAGUGCCUACUAAAUGCUUCUAUCUAUCGUUAGAGAAUUAUAACUGGAGUACGGAGUGUCGUUAGAGAGGACGAGUGCCGGAUUGAAUACCAUUGAAAUACCUGUACAUACACUGUUACAUGUCACAACCGGGAUGCGUACUUGACGAUUAAAUACUACUUAACAUAACACCAAAAUAACUAGUGAUACGUAGACUAAAAUAAUGUGUGUAACUCCCAAUAUGACAUACAAACAAUCCUUUCAAAAUGCGUAUUAAUCUGGCGCUCACGGCAAAGCCUUGGAAGAAUACACCAAAUAGAGUUAAAUGUGAUAAAACUUCAGUUUAGUUUAAAUGUCUCGUAAUAUUAGUUGGGUUUUUGGUAAAAUAAUAACUGUCCAAUUAUGUCCGUCGCCACAGUUUAUAAACAUGUAUCGUCACGUAUAUACUAAGGAAACAUAAUUUAUAUAUAAGCUAUGUAUAAUAAAGCAGAAAGACAAGUAAACUGUGGUGUCGGAACGUUUUAAGUUUUAUCGUAACUCGUAAGCUACUGUAUAUUUAUUUGAAUGGCUUGAUUAGUACAAUUUCAUUGGUGUUUCGUCGUGUUUACGCGUAGGAAGUACUAGACUGAUGCAAUGACUGAUUUGUGAUGAAGCAAUAUUAUUUAUUAGUGAAAUUGAUAUAUAUACUUUUUCGUUUCCCCGAACCUUUACGGCUUUGUUUAUUGUGACCGUAACGUUACGCGGUGUAACGGUUUAUUUUUGUUUUGUUUUAUAUGCCAAAUAGAUAUUUCCACUAAAAUUAUUAUCGAAUUCGCUAAUAAAUUUUGGUAUUAGUGAAAACAAAGAAGUAUGUUUCUGGAACAUGAUUCGGUACUUUUACGUAUACAAGAAAUGUGUUAUGCGUGAAUUUGUAAUGUACAUUCUUGGUGAAUUAAAUUAUGACAGAAAUUAAGUAUAAAUAUUGACUCACAAAGUGCUUCUAAAUCGAUGGCGAAAUGCUCCGAAAUAUUUUCCAAUCCUUAUGAUUCGUUGACUUCCUCGUCACAUUGUUUUGUAGGCAAAUGAAUGGUCUAUGUGUGCCAAAUGUUUAUGAAAAUGAUAACAUUAUUACCAUAUUGUAUCAAGCAAAUUCAAAUACCAGUAAUAUGAAUGUAUUUAUAUUGAUAAUACUAUGUAACGCAUAGAUAGAUUAGGUCGUAAGUGAUAUUAUAGUAAUUAAUUUAAUUGCUAAAUAAUUAAAAUACAUACAUUUUUGCUGUAUUUAGGGGCGUCUUCCAUCUUACUCGUAUUGUUUUCUCUUAGAUUACUUCUGUUAGAGGGAAAAGUCCUCGCUCUCGUUGUCAAAGCGACUGAGAGGCGGGCAAUAUUUGAUAUUGUACUUGCUUCGAGGUCUGUAAGGAACAUCCAUAGACUGUUUUAAAAACUUGUCUUAGAACAUGAAGUGCUGUGUAUGUGGAACGAAUAUUUGUGACAACUUUUCUCUCUAACCAUACACACUAGCCUUUCUUUCGGUGGUAUGUAGAUGAAAUUUUACAGCAAUAAUUAGUAUCUAAUAGUAGUACUUUGCUGGUAGAUGCUACGUAUAUAAUUAUGUGUGAUAAAACGCGAUUUAUUUAUUAAGUGCUGUGUUUAAAUUAAAUUUUAUGAUCUUAAGCAACUUUCAAGCAAUAUGUUCACCUGUUAGGGUCACAGACCAACAAGCUUUUUUGAAAUAAUAGAAUGGUAUAUAUAAAUUUUUUUAAUUGAACCAUUUGAAAGAUAAGAAUAUUAAAUCACACUAAGUUGUUAAUGAUCAUAAAAUUCCUUUUAAAAAGUUAUAUCAAUAUGAUAUUAAAAUUGUUACGGCUCAUGUUCUAUGGUCAAAAAGAUUUUUUUUAUCGAUUAAUUUAUUCUUAGGUUAAUUAGUGAUGCUGUUAUUAUUUGUUUGUAAAACGGAAUUUUAAAACAAAGUGUAUGUCUUUAUUUGAAUUAAGUGGUAUUUGUUUGGAAUUAUCGUUUUACGGACUAGCUCAUGACGUCACCGCUGUAGAGGACCACUUGUGUAGAAGUUAGAAGUGAUAUUACGAGUAAUGUCACAUUCGUGUUGGAUGUUUACUACUUAAUGGAGGUGUGUGAUGCGCUCUCUCAGCUGUGACGUCAUAGCUCGCUAAAAGCUAGCCCUAUGUUGGUAUGUCCGAACUAUAUUUAAGUAUAAAAUUAAAUUAUUGUUGUUGUUGAUAUUUUGCCGGCUUUUGAACGACACCACUCUUUUAUUAAUAUUAUUGCUAUUGUUGAGAGUUAUUGCCAAAUUUUUAUUUGUCCUAAAAUCUUUUGUCUUUGUACAUAUCCAUUAAAUAAAUUAUGUACCGAGAA